AUGGCUUCUUUCAUCUUCUUGAGAUCAAUCAGAGAAACCAAGAAUUUACUUCCCCUUACUUACCCUGUUAACAACUUACACACUUACUUUUUAUCUUCACUCUGCCACGGAAAACACCCGCCACCGCCACCGCUACCAUCAUCACAAUCACCACCAGUAGCUAAAAAAGUGCCAUUCGAAGUCUCAAUUCAUGGGGUUUCUUGGCAAGAUCCAUAUCACUGGAUGUCUAACACCCAUCACCCUGAUUUCAUUAACUACCUUCGCCAUGAGAACUCUUACUCGGAAUCGUUCAUGGCCGAUACCCACAACCAGCAGAACAUUCUGUAUUCCGAGAUGAUUAGUCGAUUGCCUAAUCAAAUUUCCACCCCACCUGAACGAUGGGGUCCCUGGUUGUAUUAUCAGUAUAUACCGGAGAGAAAAGAAUAUCCUGUUUUAUGUCGGAAAUUGGCUGUUGAAAGUCCAAACUGGUUGAAGUAUAUGGCCAACCAUGCAAGAAGAAGAAUUGUAAAUGAAGAAAUAUUACUCGAUUGGAAUGAAAUUGCAAAAGAAUAUGGGUAUGUUCACGUGGGUACGUGUAGAGUAUCACCUGACCACCAUUUUCUUGCUUACACUGUUGACUUGACUGGAAAAGAACGCUUUCUUCUUCAAGUUAAGGAUCUCCAACGUGGGUGCAAUAUAACAACGAUAAGGACUGAAGAUGUCGUUAGCUUGGCUUGGGCUCAAGAUAGUCGUACAUUGUUUUAUACGUUAUGUGAUCAAAGUCAACGACCAUAUAGAGUACAAUACACAACGCUGGGAUCAGAUCCUGUUAGUGAUGUCAUUGUAUAUACAGAAAAGGAUUCAAGAUUUUGUGUGGACAUCACGAGCACAAAGGAUGGAAAAUUCAUUACUGUGAAUUCGAACUCGAGGACUUCAUCUGAGGUGUACGUAGUAGAUUCAAAUAACCCAAAAGACGGCUUUCGAAAAAUUCAUGAUCGUGUUUCUGGCGUACAAUUCUUCUUGGAGCAUCAUAAAGGAUUCUUUUAUAUUCUAACAAACUCGCAUCUAUGCAAUGGAAAGGAAUUAUUAGACGGAAACUAUUACUUGGCUCGAUGCCAUGUUGAGGGUGCUAAGCUGACUAAUUGGCAGAAAAUAAUUACACCAAAGAAAGGUACUGGCAUACAAGAUAUGGACGUUUUCGAUGAGCAUCUGGUGCUUUACCUCAACGGAAAAAAUUCCCCGAUAAUUUGUUCCAUCAAAAUGCCCAUUCAACCCAGCGAUGAGAAAGAACUGGAGAUUGAUGAUCUUGAUCCAUGGUAUUUCCCUAUGCCAUCAAACUCAUGUAGCGUUGUUCCAGGAUCGAACCAUGACUUCACAAACUCGGUAUACAGAGUGGUGCUUUCAUCUCCGGUGAUGCCGGAUUUAAUUGUUGACUAUGACAUGUCCAGAAGAUCGUUCUCCAUUGUGCAUCAAGAGGAGGUAUUGGGAAUUUCUUCCCAAGCCCGCAACAAUGAAGCACAUGAAUGGAUGAACAUUUCCGAUGCAUAUUUUUGUGAAAGAAAGGAAGUCCUUUCUGAGGAUGGUACGAUAGUUCCUCUAACAAUAUUGUAUUCCCAUAAGGCACAUAAAAUGGGCCAAUCUCCCGGGAUUUUACAUGGCUAUGGAUCCUAUGGGGAAGCUUUGGACAAAAAUUGGUGUGCCGAGCGACUGAGCUUGCUUGAUCGUGGUUGGGUGGUUGCAUUUGCAGAUGUUAGAGGUGGUGGUGGUGAUGAUCCAUCAUGGCAUAAAUGUGGAAGUGGAUUGAACAAAUUGAAAUCCAUAUAUGAUUUUGUUUCAUGUGGAGACUAUCUAAUAAAAGAGGGAUAUGUCCAUAAAGACCAACUUGCUGCUGUUGGGCAUAGUGCCGGAGGUCUUCUUGUUGGCGCAGCCAUUAAUAUGCAUCCGAAGUUAUUCAGAGCUGCCAUUCUGAAGGUUCCGUUUCUUGAUAUAUGUAAUACGUUAUUGGAUCCGAGCCUCCCGCUCACGGUACUAGAUUAUGAAGAAUUUGGAAAUCCUCAAAUAAAAUCGUACUUCCAUUCGAUUAUGAAGUAUUCUCCUUAUGAUAAUAUCUCUCAAGGAACUUGCUAUCCUGCAAUGCUUGUCACAGCAUCUUUUCAUGACUCGAGAGUUGGAGUAUGGGAAGCUGCUAAAUAUGUGGCGAGAAUACGAGAAACCACAUGUUCAAAUUGUUCUCAUUCGGUCAUCUUGAAGACGAAUAUGAGCGGGGGCCAUUUUGGUGAAGGCGGGCGAUCUGGGCAGUGCGAGGAACUGGCCUACGAAUAUGCUUUUCUGAUGAAGGUUAUGGACCCGUUAGAUGCAAACGAAAGGGAUUCCAACUAAAAAUCAGGUUUAUGAAAUGAAUAGGAGGGAGAAAGCUUAUGUGGCGGAUACGGGUCCAUGACUACGGAUGCUCUUACUGUUCUCGUAGAGGAACCCACUCUCUGACAUUGGAUCUUCAAGAUCGUUAGUUGCUUGAUACCUGCAACGUAGGUCCCCUGUUCGAAGUCAAGCUUAUAGAUUGGCAUGGACACAAAUGAAGUGUCGUUUAACUCGGUCUCCUUUCACAAUUGAUGAGGAAAUGUAGCCAUUCGGCAUUACGACCAAAAUAUAAAGAGGUUAGUCAUGCUCGUGACGAGUUGAAGACGUGAUUGUAAACCGAAGGGGGGGUUUUAGUUUUGCUUAAUGAGCUUAAUGGACUUACAGUUGAAUUCGUUUAUGGUUUACUUGUUUAUUCCGGAUUGAUGUUAGACGCAUGGCUUAAUUCAUUAAGCCAACUAAUGUUUGUCUUCACCAAUUCAAUUU